GCCUCACUGCUCUAUAAAAGAGACCCAGCAAAGGGACCCUACCAGCCUCUAGCUCUCAGCCUGGGCGAAGGUGUGGGAAGCAAAGCCUGAGACCUUCAGAGCCAAGCAGACCAGCUGCAGAAGCCAGGCAGGCAUGUCUCCUUCUUUCAAACUUCAGUAUCACUUCAUUCUGAUCUUCCUGAUGGCUCUAAGAGGGGAGAACCGGUACCUAGAGCUGCGGGAAGCGACGGACCACGACCCUUUCCUGCUCUUCGGCGCCAACCUGAAGCGGGAGCUGGCGGGGGAGCCUCUGUAUCGCCGCGCUCUGCGGUGCCUGGACAUGCUGAGCCUCCCGGGCCAGUUCACCUUCACCGCCGACCGGCCGCAGCUGCACUGCGCCGCCUUCCUCAUCGCCGAGCCCGAGGAGUUCAUCACCAUCCACUAUGACCUGGUCUCCAUCGACUGUCAGGGCGGCGACUUCCUGAAGGUAUUUGAUGGUUGGAUUCUCAAGGGGGAGAAGUUCCCAAGUUCCCAGGAUCAUCCUCUCCCCACAACUGAGCGGUACAUAGAUUUCUGUGGCAGUGGUCUAAGCAGAAGGAGCAUCAGAUCUUCCCAGAAUGUGGCCAUGAUCUUCUUCCGGGUUCAUGAACCAGGAAACGGAUUCACCUUCAGCAUAAAGACAGAUCCCAACCUCUUUCCCUGCAACGCGAUCUCCCAGACCCCUAGUGGGAGGUUUACCCUGGUCGUCCCACAUGCGCGUCGAAACUGCAGCUUCUCCAUAAUUUAUCCCGUGGUCAUCAAAAUAUCAGAUCUCACCCUGGGACACUUACAUGGUCUGCAGUUCAAGAACCCCUCAGCAGGUUGUGGGGGAAUAGGAGAUUUUGUGGAGCUGCUGGGAGGACCUGGGCUGGACCCCUCCAAGAUGAUGCCUUUGGCUGACCUCUGCUAUUCGUUUCAUGGCCCUGCCCAAAUGAAAAUCGGCUGUGACAACACGGUGGUGCGCAUGGUGUCCAGUGGAAAGCACAUAAAUCGUGUGACUUUUGAGUACCGCCAGCUGGAACCAUAUGAACUGGAAAACCCAAGUGGGAACAGUAUCCAAGAAAUCUGUUUGUCUAGUCUUUGAAUAACCAACCCCAGUGAUUUACAUGCUGCUAGUUAAGUGAGUUCUUAAUGGCUAUUGUAUAUGAUUUUGAUGACUAGCUAGUUAAAAGCCUUUCAUACCAGUCAGUAUUUCCAGGCUUGAGCACACAUUAGACACAUACACACACACACACACACACACACACACACA